AUGGCAGGCUGCUGGAGCUGGUUCCUCCUUCUAACAGUUGUGAGUUCGGCUCAUGCAGAGAUCAAAUUCGACAUCCCGGCAGGGAAGUUUUUCUCCUAUGAGUUGAUGAGGGAGACAUUCCAGAGUGACUUUGAGCCACUGUCCCAACUCUACUUGGGGCGCCUUUACGAUGACCCGAUGGUGUUUAAAUGCAACAAGCAGUACUUCCCAGAUCUCCCUGAGUGGCUGCACUUCACCCAGAGACAUCCCUACGACAACGGCUUUCUUUAUGGGACACCAAUGUCUCCAGGGAAAAGCGUCAUUGAGGUUUAUGCUGUCAACAAGCGAAGCUAUGAAACCACCAGGCAAAUUCUCGUCCUUAACGUGUAUGCAGCCAAGACCCCACCUUAUCAGGCGGAAUUUUUCAUCAAGCUACGUGAGAUCGAGAAAGUGCUGCCCCCUCCUGUCCAGGGUGAAAUCAAGCAAGACCUACAGAAGCUGUGGGACACUGAGGCCUUGGACAUUGUCAACAUCUCCAACGCUCUAGACCGUGGUGGUCGUGUGCCUCUCCCGCUGGCGGGACACUUCGAAGGAGUGUACGUGAAGGUGGGAUCGGAGCAGAACUUCUCCUCAUGCCUUCUGCGGACACAGACGGCAGCGCAUCGGCAACAGUGCGCAGCGGGUGCUAAGGUCAAGGUGCCUGGGGGAUGCAACUUCUGCAGAAUCCCCAGCAACUGCAUCAGUUGGUGCAGCACCGAGCUGUUCGAUCUGUCCCAGCAAGAACCAAGCCCACCCACCCCUACCUUGGGGUCCGGUGUGCUGGAGGCCGGUGUGGACUUUGAGCCCCCCGAGUCCCCAGAGGACCGCGACUUUUUGCCGGACUACCUCGUGACGGUCAUCGUGCCACUUGCGCUGGCCCUCAUCUUAUUCCUGCUGCUCGCUUACAUCAUGUUUGGACGUCGCGAGGGCGUUGACAAGAGGAACGCAAAGACAAACCAAAUCCAACUGUACCACCACCACACCAUUUUGGACAACACUGACGAGCUGAGGAAUAUGGCGGACCACCGAAGCGCCCCUCCGCCGCUCUCUACACUACCCAUGUUUGACAGCCGCACAGGGGCCCGGGCGACACCCUCUGACAGCCCCCGUAUGCCCCUCAUCAUGGCUCAGCACGACCCUCAUGUCGACCCAUUGCCAAGGUAA